GGGAGGGGUUUCAGCUGGGUCUCCGCCUCACUAUAGGCAGCACUGAGAGCAAAACAGGAAGGAAGGAGCCCGGAGAAGAGACUAGGCAGCAGUGCUGGGGCUCACACAGUGCUGCCUGUGCACAAUGUGCUGGAGAUGAGGAUCUAUGCAAGGAGAGGGCAUGUGUUGCUGCUGCUGGAAGUCAGGGGAGCAUUGCUAGGGUCUGAAGCCAGAGAUGUGUCCUUCUCACUGCACUGAUUUGUGAUCAUGGAGAUUGAAAACAUUGUGGCCAACACUGUUCUGCUGAAAGCCAGAGAAGGUGGAGGUGGCAAGAGAAAUGGUCGUAGUAAGAAAUGGAAGGAAAUGUUAAGGCUUCCGCACGUAAGCCAAUGUGAUGUGCUCCGACGUUCAGUAGAAAGAGAUUACAACAAUGUUUGUGAGCGGCAGCCAAUCGGAAGACUUCUCUUCAGGCAGUUUUGCGACACCAGACCAGAGCUGAAAAGGUGCAUUGAGUUUAUGGAUGCUGUGGCAGAAUACGAGGUGGCCCCAGAUGAGAAGCGUAAAGACCAUGGUCUCAAAGUAUUGGACACCUACUUCAACAAUGGGUCUGCAGCCCAUUUGCCGGAAAUACCUCAGGACACCGUACACGAAUGUAAGGAGAGGCUGGAACAUAUCCCCUGCAAGGAGCUCUUUAACGGCUGCACUAGAGUGGUUCACGAUUAUUUGAGUGGAGUACCAUUUGAAAGCUUCCAGGCAAGCAUGUACUUCUCUCGCUUCUUACAGUGGAAAUGGCUUGAGAGGCAGCCAGUCACUAAGAACACGUUCCGACAUUACCGGGUGUUGGGGAAAGGUGGAUUUGGUGAGGUGUGCGCCUGCCAAGUACGAGCCACCGGGAAAAUGUACGCCUGCAAAAAGCUGGAAAAGAAGAGGAUAAAAAAGAGGAAAGGAGAAUCAAUGGCAUUAAAUGAAAAACAGAUUUUAGAAAAAGUAAAUAGUCGAUUUGUAGUUAGUUUAGCCUACACAUAUGAAACAAAGGAUGCCAUUUGCCUAGUAUUAACCAUUAUGAAUGGAGGGGACCUGAAGUUUCACAUAUACAACAUGGGAAACCCAGGAUUUGAGGAACAGAGGGCAGUGUUUUAUGCUGCCGAGCUAUGCUGUGGACUGGAGGAUCUGCAGAAAGAGAGAAUAGUUUACAGAGAUUUGAAGCCAGAAAAUAUUCUGCUGGACGACUGUGGACACAUCAGGAUUUCAGAUCUGGGGUUAGCUGUGCAGAUACCCGAGGGAGAGACCAUCCGUGGCAGAGUUGGCACAGUAGGUUAUAUGGCGCCAGAAGUCAUAAACAAUGAAAGCUAUACGUUCAGCCCAGACUGGUGGGGGAUUGGCUGCCUAAUUUAUGAAAUGAUCCAAGGUCAGUCACCCUUCAGGAAGCGGAAGGAGAAAGUGAAGCGGGAUGAGGUGGACAGGCGAGUGAAGGAGGAUGAGGAGGAAUAUUCCAAUAAGUUCUCAGAAGAUGCCAAAUCUAUCUGCCGGAUGCUACUCACCAAGGAUCCCAAGCAGAGGCUGGGCUGUAAGGGAGACGGAGCCGCUGGUGUCAAACAGCAUCCGAUAUUCAGGAACAUCAACUUCAAGCGUCUGGAAGCCAAUAUGCUGGAGCCACCAUUCUUUCCUGAUCCGCGUGCUGUGUAUUGUAAGGAUGUGCUGGACAUUGAGCAGUUUUCUACUGUGAAAGGAGUAAAUCUGGAUACCACAGAUGAUGAUUUCUACUCUAAGUUUGUGACGGGCAGUGUCUCCAUCCCCUGGCAGCAAGAGAUGAUAGAAACAGAAUGUUUUAAAGAUAUUAAUGUUUAUGAGACAGACGGCUGCUUGUCGCCAGAUCUGGAUGUGAGCAAACCGAACAUUAGACCAAAGAGAAGCUUCUUCCAUCGAUUGUUCAGGAGAGGGGUCUGCUUUAAAUCUUACAGUGAUGAAGAGGAAGACGCCUCCAGACCAUGAACCACUGUCCAAUAGCCAAAAAAAUCAAAUCUUAGAGCAUUAAACUGCAAAUAUUUUAUUGUAUCUAUAAACUGUAAAGGUGUAUUAUAAAUUAAACAAAGAAUUCUGUAUGAGUUUACAGAUUUUGUACAUUUCUACUUGAAUUCUGUUAAGAUGUAUAUUUUCACAUAAGUGUAUUGUACAAAAAGGCCAUAAUCGUACCACUCCAAUGCAUACGGUGUGUUUGCGUGCGUGUGCGCAUAUGUAUAUUGAUUAUAUAUAAUAUAUAUAAUAUGCCUAUAUGUGCACACAAUGUUAUUUUGAAUGACUGAAAGUAUUUAAAGCCACAGUCUGUGUUAGCGGCAUUAGGUGUGUACAGUGCUGCGGGGAGACUCACCUCCUAAUGUUAUUCCGUAGACAGGUAUGCACAACGACUGCGAGCUCUAUACCAAACGCCGUCUCUCAUAGGAAGCAGCACUGCAACGACUUGUCUAUACUGUUUGUAUGGUUUUUAUUUUUUAAGCUAUAUUUGUGGAUUAAAGGAAAACUUUUAAUUUUUGCUUUA